AUGUCGCAACAAACUCUCUGCCGCGUUUCCGUCCCCGAGGGAAAAUACGAGUUCCUUUGCAUCAUCCCAGACAAGCCAGGAAGUCGCGAGAAACGCAUCGAGGUCCGAUCCCAGCAUUUUACUGACGCCCUGCCUUUGAUGGAUAGUGCCCUGAUGGGCAGUGUUCCCAAGAGCGAUGAUUCGGCCGAUAUGGCCUUUGUCAGCAGUCACGUCGUAGUCGUUAGUGACUCCAUUGAACAGGUGCGAGAGGACCUAAGGAAAGAUGUAUAUGCGACGUCCGGUGUUUGGGACGUAGAGAACGCUCAAAUUUACGCAUUCCGUGCUGCGUGGAGAAAUCCCUAA